AUGAGGGUUGCGGAGUUGGUUCAACAGCCCGGUCGUGACCAUCUUCCGUAUCUCACUCCGUAUCCACAUGGACGGGGUCAAACAUGGUUCAACCGAUCCGGGAACGGGAUCAGCGCAUGGAUCAACCGUAUGAUGUACUCGGCCCUCGACAGUGGACAUCCGACUUUCACUCACUUCCCAACCGACAAGCAGGUUCUGUGGUUUCGUCAGUUUGCGCAAGAGUUCAACUGGAAUUCCGAUGAGACGCUCUUUAUCUAUCACCACUUCGUCCAUAAAGUAAUGGACAACUAUGGGAAGCAGAUCCACGAGUGGAAGAAGAAGUGGGAAAUCAAUAAGGUCCCAAAGUCGAUGAACGACACGGUCUGGAAGGAGUUGUGUGCGCAUUGGGAUAAGGAGGAGACGAAAGAAACUUCUUCCACCAACUCCACCAACCGCAGGAGCGACCGUAAAGGGAAGGGCAUCUACAAGCAUAACUUGGGUGCUCAAUCUAUUGCCACUCUCGGAGAUCGCAUGGCGGAAGAAAAUGAUGGCGAGCCGGUCGAUGAUCUCGCCCUAAUGAGGAGGGCGUAUACCAACAAGAAGACCGGCCAGAUUGAUGACGGUCUUGUGAGGGACGUGGUCGACCUGGUCCAAACUCAGGUGGUAGACGAAGUGUCUCAGCUUCAAACCGAGGAUGACGCUUCGACGGCUUCGACCAACUUGUCCCGGUUUCGAAUCAACGAAAUCGUUGAAUCCUCGGUUCCAAAGAAGAAGGGACGUUUGUUCGGUUUGGGUCGUCGCACCCGGUCGGUUCCUCCUUCUUCUGCACCACCGCCCUUUGUUGAUCCAGAAGUACUUACGGCUCAGUUGAAGGACAAAGAUGAUCGAAUAUCUUUGUUGGAGACCCAGAUGGCGGCUCAACAGGCGGGCUAUGAGGCACAGAGGAGGCUGAACCAGCAAAUGAUGGAGAUGAUGCAGAGGAUGUACCCGAACGAGGUGUUCCCGGACGUGCCAGACCCGGACAACUCCCUCGGAAAAUUCCGAGGAACGGAUCCCUCGGAAUAUACCGAGGGAACAGUUCCUCGGAAUAAACCGAGGAAAAAGUCCGUCGGUAUACUCCUAUCGAUCGAUGUAUAUAUGUCCAAACACGCAUCGAUCGAUGAACUUCCGAGGAAUUAUCCCGACGAAGUUCUACCUCGGUAUAUUCCGAGGACUUUUCCGACAAACAAGGGAUCCUCGGAAUUUCCUCGGAAAUUUAUUUCCUCGGAAUUCCGUCGGAAAAUUCCGAGGGAUUUCAGAGGAAAAAAGAAAUUCCGAGGAAUUAUUUCCGACGACGUGUUUCGUCGGAAUUUCGUCGGAAUAACGAUAUUCCGACGAAAUUCCGACGAUUUUUUCCCUCAGAAUCCUUGAUGUUUUCUUGUAGUGGUGUAUACACUUCUUAGGUAUGGCUAAGUUAAGAAUACUUAUGUAGGUAUGUUAUUAGUUGUCUUUGAGUAUAGGUUGUCAAGUUUCUAUUUCUAUCUCUCUCUACAUUGUUUCACAAAUAAGCACAUUAUAUUAUGCUAACAAAUACCUCCGCAGCUCUACUACAUAUAUCAGCAAUUCAAAAAGUAUAGGCAACCUAUGUUAUCCUCUCUAAACAUUAAAACUAAUAAAGAGAUUGUUAUGUACUCAUGAGUUCAUGCGACUACUGAUUUUCUAAUUAUAGUUAGUAUAAUUUUGGUUUACCAAUUUUUUUACACAAACUAUCAAAUAAGAGCAUGAGCAGCAGCGAACAGAUGAUUUCCGAUUUCCAAUGUUUUUUUUUUAUUAUUUUAAUUUUUUUUCGUUUGACUUAAAAUAAUAAUAAUAAUAAUAAUAUAAACUAACCUAUCGCGUGCCGUCACGUGUUAUGAAGCCCGCGAAACAGUAACGAGACGGUAUCACUCCGGCAAACCUGCACAAGCCGAGUUCAUUAAAAUCUGAUUAUUUUAAUAUUUUUUCGCCUCGAAAAUCAUGUGAACUUUACUCAUGAUAUUUCAAUGCGGAUGGUCUAACUUUGGAAAUCUAUACGAAAGUAACUCAAUCAUUUCAACGUACAAAUAAUGUCUAUAUGCGGGCAACGCAUACUCUUCUAUCCACUUCAAUAAAUAUCACUUCUCCAAGUGUAGAAGUUCCAAUAUCUGAUCAUUUGUCGCGAUUAUUCUAUUUUAAAUCGGGUAAACAUUGGAUCAUUGGAUUACAUGUGAUAUCAAGCCUCAGUUUUUUAGAAAAAAAAUGUAGAAAAGUUGUUUUUCCAUAUGCAAAAAGCACAAUGAUUAAUGAGCAGAUCACGUGCUUUCUAAUGAUUUGC